AUGGUUCCAAGAACACAGAACACAGUCUCGAACGAGCACCGCAACGGUCGAGGACGGCGCGGGAAUCCUACGCUCGACCAACCUAUUUACGACCCCGCUACUAACCAUGACCUACCUGCACUCCAACUAACCACCAAAGCAGGAAAACCUCGGCAGCGUAUGCAGUGGACUGACCAACUGAACACAGAUCUCGUGCGCUGCUACUACAAAGUCACCGAAGGAGAAACGAUUUCUGUAGGAAUAAGACCAUUACUACAACGUGCUUUUGUCGAAAUACACCCAGAUCUCGCACACUUAUCUGAGCAAAGGCUAAUCGAUCAAAAGCGAGUAAUAAUCAAUAAUGGACGCCUAUCAAGGGAGCUGCUGGAAGCACUUAAGAAUGAGGCCUCCCAUCCUAUUGAGCCUCGAGAAGAUCAUAAUAUUCAAGCAGCAACACCAGCAGAAGCCGCGCAACCAGAUCCAGAUACUCCACCAUCACCGGAUCCAAUAGUACAAAACCAAGACUCCGGUAAUAAUACUCAGUUGGAGAAGGUAAUGAGUUGUUUCAUUGGGGCUAAGCAAAAAUGCAGCAGGCAACUUGCUAUUGUGGUAAACUUAUUAAAUACGGCAAUCCUUCCACAAUAUCUGGAAGAACAUAACAAUUUUAAUGAACUGCAUACUGCUCUGUAUGCAGCAGCUAUAACCGCUAUCAGAAUGAAUAAAUGGGACGUCCGAAACCACUCGGAUACAAACUACACAACAGAACAUGUCCGACCUUGGGAAAGGCGAUUAAACAACAAAAUAACCAAACUUAGAAAAGAUAUUGGCCAACUCACCGCCUACAUUCAAGGACAAAGAAAUUGUAAGUUAACCAAGAAAACAUCCAAUAGGCUGUUUCAGAACAACGAGAAACAGUUUUACCGGAGGCUUAGAAAUGUCACCAAUAAUGACAGCGGUAAACCACCAUCUAAACGACAAGCCAGGGAGUUUUGGGAGUCAAUUUGGUCCGUACCUACAACUCAUAAUGUCGAAGCACCCUGGAUACAAAAAGAGAUUGACAGAAUGAAAGAACUAAGACCAAUGGACGAGACGAUAAUAUCUCCUGAGCUGUUGAGGCAUAUAAUGGAGAAUUCCUUUAACUGGAAAGCAGCUGGUAACGACCGAAUUCAUAACUUUUAG